AAAGGUUCCACUUGGGCUUGUAAGCUUGCAUACUUAUCACCGAAUUCUCUUUUUAAUGGCUCAUGAAAACUCUAAUGAAGCCGCUGCCAUCACGCCACCAGAACAGGACCGGCAGCUGCCGAUAGCCAAUGUUGGGCGGAUCAUGAGGCGGGCCCUACCGCCCUCGGCCAAGAUCUCAAAGGGGGCGAAGGAGAGUAUGCAGGAGUGCGUGACGGAGUUCGUGAACUUCGUGACAGGGGAGGCCUCCGACCACUGCCUACAGGAGAAGCGGAAGACGAUGAACGGCGACGACAUCUGCUGGGCGCUUGCCUCCCUCAGUUUCUACGACUACUGCCCACUGCUGAAGACGUACUUGGAGAGGUACAGAUAUGUUGAAGGAGAGAGGGCUACUCGAGCUAGGGCUAGUUAUAACAACAACAAUGAUUUGAUUACGAGCGAAGAAGCCAGUAAAAAUACUGAUGAAAUUGACAUUGUUUCACCAAAGUAUGACUUCUUCGCUAAGGUUAAUGGCUCAGGGUUAAAUAGAUGACACUAUGAUCUAUUAGAGACAUUGCUCUCUCGAAUUGAAGGUCCCAUUAACAAUAAAAGGAAGCACUAUUUUUGUUUUCUUCUUUUA